AUGGAUGAACUCAAAGAACUCCGUGAUAAUGCGAAAAACCCUAUUUUGAACGUUGAAUUGGAGUUUCAACAUACAUCUACUAACCCUGAGGUGCUUACUCCCCCCCCCCCCUCCGUGAGCGAACAAAACCAUUAGAAAAAUCGCCAUUUUUUGACCAAAAACCCACCCUCCGUGAGUGAACAAAAUUUUUUUAAUAGAAAAAAUUUUAAUGGAAAAAAAUUUUGAUAUAUAAGUGAUAAUUAGUAUAAUGAAAUCUAGAGCUAAUUCUGUUUAAUUUUAAACAAAUUGCGUUUUAAAAACAUAAAUUUUGCAAAUUAAAUUAAUAUUUGCUUCCCAAUUUUUGCAAAUUAGGAUUUUUUUUAAAUUUCGAAAAAAAUAUUUUUUAUAAAAUUUAUAUAUAUAAAUUUUUUUUUAAAAAAAAAAAUUAACCCCCCUCCGUGAGCGAACAAAAUUUUUUUUGUUCGCUCACGGAGGGGGGGGGGGGAGUUAAGAAAUAUUUCCGAUCUCUCACUAAAUCAAGAUCUGUCGAAGACCUUCACGAAAAGAUAAAAGAGUCAGUUUAUAAACUUAAUGCCCUUGAUCUAUAUAAAGGCUGUGAUGUUAUAGUCCUCCCUGGAAAAGCUAUAGAUUCUGCUCUAAUCCAGUUUGUAUUAAAAGAUAAACGAUGGUGGAGUCUCAGCUUUGGAGCAACCGCAGAUAAUGAAGGCGGAAAAAGUGUCCUAUCAGCCCAUUUUAGGAAUUUAAGAGGUAAAGCAGACUUGACGAAUGUAAAUGUUGAAUAUAAACUGAACACAGGGACUUGGGGCUAUGAAAUGUUCCAUCAUGAUAGACUUUAUAUGCCUGGAAAGUGGGAAACUAUGUACUCUGUGAAAAAAUAUAGCGAUGAGCUUGAUCAAAAUAUUAAAGAGCAUGCAUAUGGAGGAAGCUUUUCACUUAGGUCUUCUGAUGGGAAGCAUAAGCUGGAAGCUGGAAGAUAUAUCAGGACAAAUGAGAUUGCUACUGAGUAUGCAUCGCUACCUUUGCUAAAACAAGAACUGCCUGUUUCAGUAAAAAAUUAUAUUGCUCAUACUUAUACAAGAGACCUUAGAGACAACCCAUCAGAGCCAAGAACUGGCAUCUUAUCAACUUUGACUAAUGAAUUUGCAUUUGGAGGAGACGUAAACUUCCACAAAAUCGACUUCAAAAUUCAUCACUAUUUUCCUAUUCUUUCUGAUAUUGUGUUUCAAUCAACAUUUGGACUUGGAGCAUUUAUGCCAUGGAGAAAUACCAAAACAAGAAUUAAUGACAGAUAUAGGUCAAGAUAUAUUAAAGGAUUUCAAGCAAUUGGUACCCGUGAACAGCCAGCUGAUCCAGCCAUGAGAGGAAAAUAUGCAAUAGAAGGAGAUGACCUAGGAAAAUUAUCUGUCCUUAAUAUGGAAGCUAAAAUCCAUUUUUAUAAUUCGCCUGUGCUUAGUGGUGUUGGACUGGUUCCGUAUAUUUACGCGAAUAUGAUAUGUGAAGAACCUCACAAGUUUACAAAUGCAAAAACGUAUUUUAAAGAAAAAGCAAGAGGAUCGUUUGGAAUAGGGCUGGGAUGGGUAGGCGGAUUUGGAAGAAUUGAAUUUUCUUAUGCGAGCCAUGUUUGGAAAAAGCCAGGAGAUGUGUCAGCUGAAUUUCAGGUGCUGUUUGGGGAGUAG